AUGUCCAACUGGGGUGAAAGCGGUCAACCGUGUCGUCGACGCGCCCUCUUCGAUUGCGCCGCUGCACUCUCGAAUUACUCACUCGUGUUCACGCCGACGACCCAAUUACCUUUGAACCAGCCGCCCCUAAAGAUCCUAUCUCUCGCAAUCAUGACUACUGAGAAGAAAGAGAAGAUGGAGGCGCAGGUCAAGUCGGUCGACAUGACCGAGGAUAUGCAGCGGGAGGCUAUUGACCUCGCUAUCGAGGCCAUGGAGAAAUACCACAUCGAGAAGGAUAUCGCACAGUACAUCAAGAAAGAGUUCGAUUCCCGAAAGGGCGCUACUUGGCACUGCGUUGUCGGACGCAAUUUUGGUAGCUUCGUCACUCAUGAGACGAAGCACUUCAUCUACUUCUACCUGGGCCACUGUGCCAUUCUCCUUUUCAAGACCCAGUAAUCGAACGAAUACAGCAUCAGUGUGUGGCAUCAAUUCUUGGGGGCUCUAUCUAGGGGUGGAAGUCUACAAAAUACUUUGAGCAGCGAUCUCUUUUUUUUUCCGUUAUGUCUUUCUGGACUUAUGCCAGCUACUUCGACUUGUAUGCAAAUAAUUGCCCCAUUAUGUAAACAGGCUUUUCUGAAGAUUCAAUAAGAUUCCCAUUGGUGUUCA